CCCACUGUAGCUGCUGCCGGCCCCGCCAUUGGCGAUGCUCUACAGCAGCUGCCGUCACUACCACAGUAGCUUGGACAGUACAGGUAGGAAUACACGCUCGAUCUUCACUCCUCCAACCUCUCUCCAUAUUUUUCCAUCUUCCUCUGCAGCCUUCUAGACGCUUCCCGCCGAUGCCUCCGCCACUUGGGCUUCGUCCUCGACACUGAAGCCACCGCUUGUCGCGAUUCGAAUCCCGCAAUCCUUCCGAGCCUUUCCUCGCUGCUCUGCCAGGCCCUCGGACAGCUUCCCCCGCAGCAUGUCUUUCAUCCCACGAGGCUGCAGCUACCGCAACUCACGCCUUGGAUCCGCGCUGGUUCCCCAUCGCUGAAAACAGCCUCCUCUUCUCCCGUCCUUUUUUGCCCAAGCCGGGGCUUCGCUUCCGCGUCCCGCGCGCGCGCGUCUGGCACUUGCUCGCUGAGGGCGACUCGGCAGCCUCGCGUCGAUGGAGGAGGAUCUGGGCACGCCGUCGGGCCAGAGCCAGCCCAGCACCAGCGGCGGCACUGGAAGCGGCACGACGCCGCAGUCGCAGUCUGGGCCGCCGGCGUCGAGUGCCCUGCUGCAGCUGUCGAAGCGCAGACGCGGGCUGGGGGUGGUGACGCCCAAUGCCUGCACGGAAUGUCGCAAGAAGCGUGCCAAGUGUGACGGACAGAAACCUUGCGGCCGCUGCAAGUCCCAAAAGGACGUGGAAUGCGUUUACGAGAUACCCGUGCGCCAGUCAAAAGAACAUCUGCGCAAUGAGAUUGAGAAUCUGCGCUUGCGCCAGCGCUCCAGCGACCAGGUCUUUGCCGCUCUGAUACGGCCGCAGCUAUGGGAGGAAGUGCUGGCGCGUCUUCGCGGAGGCCAGACCGUGGAGAGCAUCUCCGAGUGGCUUACAAGUCUUCCACCAAGCGGGCCUACAGCAAGCUCGGCAUAUGCGCAUACUGGCCCUAGCCUAGGUACUGGUGGUGGUGCCGGCGGCGGUCAUGAUAUAUCUUCGAUGCAACCCUUUGGCGAUGCUUCUGGUGCUCCUAUUCCGCCAAUAACCCUCACGGUAGGAGCUCGAGGCGGAUCGCUGCAGAUGCCUGGUCUAAGCAACGAGAUGGGAGGAGCUCCGGCCAGUCCUUGGCACUUUUCGCCGCAAAGCCAGGGCGGCUCUACCAGAAGCGGCUCUCAUCCCGACUUGAUGAAUUGGGCUACCGAUGCAGGUCCGCCACAGACGCGAGUGGGUUCUUGGGCUGAGAGCAUGCAAACCGACCAUCUGCCCGAUGGCAUCCAGCGGUUUCGGGGGCUUGAGCAGGUACUAUCGCCGCCCAACGCGCCUGAAAUGAAGCCUCCUCCGGGGUCCUGGACCAGCAUCACAAACGAUGUGAAUUUGGUCCAGCAUUUGCUGGCGCUGUACUUUUGCUGGGAGUAUCCCACCUUUGCGUCUCUCAGCAAGGAGCACUUCCUUCACGAUUUCCAGGACGGAAGACACCGAUACUGCUCACCAAUCUUGGUCAAUGCGCUGCUGGCCCUUGGCUGUCGAUUUUCCACACAGCCCAUGACGAGAGCCAACCCCAAUGAUCCCUACUCUUCCGGCGACCACUUCUUCAAGGAGAGCCAGCGACUGUUCAACGAGGAAAUGGACCAUCACUCGUUGACAACCAUCCAGGCUCUGGGCAUCAUGUCAAUUCGCGAGGCCAGCUGCGGCCGUGACUCUGAGAGCUGGUAUUAUGCCGGCCAAAGCAUAAGGCUAGCCCUCGAGAUGGGUUUGCAUCGCAUCCAUGACGACGACGACGAAGACGAACUUGCUGUUCAGUCUGCGACUUUUUGGGGGGCGUUUGCAUUAGAUCAUGCAUGGUCUCUGGCCACCGGCUCGCUGCCGCAGUGCUCCUCUUUCCCUCAUCUACCACCCAAGCCGGCCAUCAUCGGUGACAUUGAAGCAUCUCUUUGGGUACCGUAUACCGACGACGGCGCGCCGCUACAGCGGUCGUGCGAGCAGCCGUCCAACGUGCGGUCAGUGUACAAGUGCUUUUGCGAGCUGAGUGAGCUUGUUCACCAGUCCCUCUACGUGCUCCAUUCUCCAGGAAGGCCCCUUACUGCCCGGGACCUUUUGAAUAUUUACACGCAGUACCUGAACUGGUAUGAUCGGAUACCCGAAGUUUUGAGGCUAGGCCAUAAUUUCACCCCGGCCGUCUUAUUUGCGCACAUGUACUAUCACUUUGCCAUACUCCUCCUAUUCAGACCCUUAAUCAAGCUACGUAUCAUCGGCUCCAAGGUUUCGCCACGAGACGUCUGCUCGCAAGCUGCCGACGCCAUCCAAGGCUUAUUAACAUCCUAUUCUCAACUAUAUACACUAAAAAGAACGCCAUCUUUUGUCCCUUACUUUGUUUUAACAUCAGCUAUUAUGCACCUUGCCAUAGGCGCUACCGGAAUCGGCGACGAAGACGCUGAGACAAGCGAAGAGAAGAUGAAAAAGGCCGCCAAGAUCGAUCCGCGCGUGACGGAUGCCCUUAACCAGGGUAUCGCGGACCUCACAGAGAUGGCGCCGUGUCACCACUUUGCCGAGCAGGCGCUGAAUAUUCUACGGUUUCUAGCUAAGAAAUGGAACAUCGAGGUCAAUGUUGACGGCGACAAGAUGCCGCCGGAGGACCCCGACAACCUAGUUAGGCCUUACACGAGCAGCCUCAACUUUUUCGCACCCAACGUUCGGGAGAGCGAUUUCAUGUGCGGCUUUGGGCCCAGCACAGAGAUUGUCGACACGCUUCAGACGCCCAGCACGAAGAAGUCGGCAGAGACGGCAGAGAAUCCGCUCUUUUGGCCUUUUCCAAUGCAAGGAAGACCAAUGCUGCCUGCCGGGAAAGAGUUGGAGGAUGCAGGGUUUGCCAAGCUGUAGCGACGGCGUGAGACCUUUUACCUCCCUUUACUCUCUAUUUUUACUUGGAUAUUUUAUUAUCUUAUUCCUGGGCCAAUGAAGUUUGGGAAACAAAUAUGCGCUGUACAUGACGUGUAGGAUAUCAAGGGGGGGUGUACGUAAACGAGGGAUGCGCCUCACGGACGCGAUAAGGGCUAGAAUAGCACUCUGGAUAAUCUUGUAAUUAAUGCGCCUGUGGAUUUUUUUGUAUAUAACAGAGAUUAAAAGAACCACGGUCUGUUGAUACUCGG